UUUAUUUACAGUCUACAGAUACAUACAGAAGGGCAGUAUCAUUUAAUUAAUUUUGACUGUGCCAUGUGGAGAUAUGAGUUGAAUUCAACAUAAACACAAGACGGUUCUUGAUCAAAGGAUUAAUUGCAGAUUGAGUGAUCGAUCAUAGAUGGCGACCUAUUUUCAUGGAAACCCAUCAGAAAUUCAAGCCGACGGAUUACAAACACUCAUUCUAAUGAAUCCUGGUUACAACGUUGGAUACUCUUCCACCACCACCCACCAUCCGCAGCCGCCGUCAUCAUCAUCAUCCAAUUUCGCUCUUCUAAGCUCCCGUUCAUUUGACGCGCCACCUACCACUAACGCCCACCAAUUUGUCGGCAUACCCUUGCCACUAACCUCAUCUGUCGACCCCCAUCCUUUCCAUGGUCUGAUUCCACGACCCCAAUACCAUUUCUAUGGCCAAUUCGAUCAGGCAUUACCGGCGCGUGAAAUCAAUCGCUCUCAGCAAGGCCUGUCUUUGACUCUCUCCUCGCAGGAGAUGGGCGGCGGUAGCACUAGCCGAGCAGCUGUUUUGUCUCCGACGAGUGGAGGAGGUUCGCCGUCGUCGGCAUCAGGUAUAUCAAACAACGGCGGUAUAGUUGGAACAGGAGUACAAAGUGUGUUGUUGGGUUCUAAGUACUUGAAAGCUACACAAGAGCUUCUUGAAGAAACGGUCACUGUCGGUAAGGGAAAAAACGGAAAUGCGACCGUUAAGGCGACAAGAGAGUCCUUCCCCGGCGGCGGAAGCGGCGGUGGGGAAGGUGAAAUUAGUGGUGGGGAAUUGACUACGGUGGAGAGGCAGGAAAUUCAGAUGAAGAAAGCUAAACUUGUUCAUAUGCUUGAUGAGGUGGAGCAGAGGUACAGUCAAUACCACCAUCAGAUUCAAAUGGUGAUUUCUUGGUUUGAGCAAGUUGCCGGAAUUGGGUCCGCCAGAACGUACACGGCUCUCGCCGUGGAAACCAUUUCCAAGCAAUUCCGAUGCCUUAAGGACACGAUUCUCGGCCAGAUAAAAGCAGCUAGCAAGAGCUUGGGCGAAGAAGAAGAUGAAGAACAAGGCAAGAAUGAAGGAUCUCGGCUCAAAUUCGUUGAUCAUCAAUUCAGACAGCAGAAAACCCUCCAGCAACUGGGUAUGAUUCAACCCAAUGCCUGGCGGCCUCAGAGAGGUCUUCCAGAGAGAUCCGUCUCUGUUCUUCGUGCUUGGCUGUUUGAACACUUUCUUCACCCCUACCCUAAAGACUCAGACAAACAAAUGCUCGCCAAACAAACUGGUCUCACUAGGAGUCAGGUAUCAAACUGGUUCAUUAAUGCCCGAGUUCGGCUCUGGAAGCCUAUGGUAGAGGAAAUGUAUAUGGAGGAGACAAAGGAAAACGAAAAGACAGGCUCCGAUGAGAAGAAGAAAGACAAUGAUCCGACUGUCACAAUUCCAACCAGCUUGUUGAGUAAUAGAAACCCGUCACUCUUUGCUCUGAUUGAUUCAUCAGACAUGGAACUCGAGAUUCAUGGAAGCCCUAAGAAACAAAGGAGCAACAACAAUGAAAUGGAGAUGAAUGCUGAACAAGGAGAAGAAGUGAUUACCAAUGAUCAAGAUCAAAUUUUGAUGAAAUUCUCUAAUGAUCAAAGACAGACAAGAGACGUCGGAUUCUCUCUUCUAGGAGCUGCCCCGACAAACUUCAUUGGCGGAUUCGGUACAUACUUUGGCUCAGAUCAAUUUCCUGGAAGUGGGUAUUCGACCAACAACAACAACGGCGUCUCUCUCACGCUCGGACUCCCUCAUUGCGAAAACCUGAAUCAAAGUUUCCUUCCUAACAAUAAUAAUCCAAACAACAUGGGGCUAGGAGGAAGAAGAGUGAAUCUUGGAGAACAACAAAAUGAAUUCGCUCCGGCAUCGUCAUCAUCAUCCCACAGACCAGUAGUUUACGAAACAGUGAAUUUGCAGAACCGAAAGAGAUUUGCUGCGUGAAUUUGAGGAAGACGAUCUGUGGUAAUGAUGGACAAGUAAUGGCAUCUAUAUUUUUGCAGAGAACUUUACCCAUUUACAGUUCUUGUAGCAGAAAACAUUAGGAAAUUUAGAAGCAUAUAAUUUGGGGAUUGUAUAUUAUUAUAUUUUUGCUACUUUAUGCAGACAUCAUGUUAUAUAGAUCUUGGGAUUGUUGUAAUACAUACAUUACUAUUAAUGGGAGGAUGGUAUACAAAUCA